ACAACUCCCAUGACUGAAACUCCAGAGACGAUUUCUCUUACGCAGACCGUCGACGUUUCAGAUACUAUUUCGUCCACUUUCAUGCAAACAUUAGAUGCCACACCGCUAUCCACUUUUCUCUUUGUGACGUCGACAAUAGAGGGCGCUUUUACGAGUUCUGUAUCCGAGCUUUUGCCUGCUGAAACUAUGAGUACUAAUUUCGUGGACGCGUUUUCCUCAGCUACCAUUUUGUCACCAGCUUCUGUCAUGUCGUCUGAGCUCUUCACCUCGACAUUCAUUACAUUCACAGACUUGGUUUCUACCAGGAUUGACUCUUCAACUCUACCUGCUUCAACGUCCAUUACGUCCCCAUUGUCGGAAACAAACACCGACACAUUUACCAUAGAAGCUGUUUCUUCCACACUUGAGCUAGCGUCUGUGACUCCAACAGUAAGCGCUCUCGAAGAAGUCUCCCCCUCUCUAGCUAUUUCUCCUAUCCCAGAGACCUCUAGUGAUACUCCCAGCACAAUUGUUUCCUUUCCGACUGACCCUGCUACAACCUCCUUUAGUUCCAUUGCUGUUACAACUCCAAUGGAAACAACAACAGCUACAAAGAGUACAUCCGCGACAACUAACAUUACAACCAACACACCAAGUGCGGCUGUUGUAACUGCAAGCCCUACGACGCAGGCUCCGAACAUUUCCACAACAGAAUACAUGUCUACAACAGUAACCGCAGAAGUUACGUUUGAAACAGUCUUCUCCACAGAAGAAGUGGUGACAGAGAUAGCAAGCAUCACAACAACACAGUUAAACGCUACUGCAUCAACGUUAACUGCAACAUCGACAAUGAAUGCUACUGCAGAGGCAAAUACGACUGCUUCGGCGCUGACAACACCGACAGCACUCUUUGCUACCCCAGAAGAUCUAACAACAUCAGUGGCACCAACGACUGCAAGUUCAACAUCAAAAACAUCUACGACAUUCAACACGACAGCAGCAGUUACAACAACUAUAGUGGUAAACAUAACAGAAAACGUUACAACACAGGCGGCCACCAAUGGAACCACACCAGCACCAACCACCGCAACAACAGUCGUCCCGACUGCGCUUCCUACAACUCCCGCUAGGCCAGAGGGUCCGCGGAAAGUGGUACCAGCAGGCCUCACCAUGCAACUGGACUUCAACUCAAACUACGAUGACAGGAAUUCUGUGGAGUUCACAACCCUCGCCACACAGGUGGUGGAAUCGAAAAGUUAUCUGCCAUCCAAAAUCGUGAUCAUCAUGUCUACAGAACCUCAGAUCCCAGGCAGUGUAGUUGCCAGGUACGCGGCUGUGUUCGCCUCGGACCAGGCGGAGUCUGACAGCGCGAUCCAGCAGCAGGUACAGACUAACCUGCAGGUGGCCAUUAACAACGGCACCUUCAACGGUACACUGAACGUCACAGACAGCCAGGCAGUACAGCCUAUAGCGCUUACAACGGACGAGUUGGAGCUGGUGUCCACAGACCCGUCCUUCUGUACGCUAACGUGUGGGGAGGGGGGCGUGUGCCAGCUGGGUGAGAAGUUCCCCGGGGUGGUGAUAGCGGAGUGCGUCUGUGUGGAAAACUACUGCUUCGCUGGCACAUGUACUGUCAUUGUGGAUCAGGGCCCAAAAUGCAGUUGCCCAGCAGACACGCUGUCCUGGUACCGAGGGGACCGGUGUGAAGUCACCUUCACCCAGGCACAGAUCAUCGGGUUUGCCGUGGGCUGUACGGCCGCUGUGCUGGUGCUCAUCAUCCUGCUGGUGGUCUGUAUGGCCAAACGGGCUAGGAACAUGCUGAGGGCACAGAAAGCCAGACGGUAUAGAUACGACAUGGGUGGUUUUGUAAUGGGAAAUCGCUACAGUGCACAUCCGCUCGCAGACACAGGCUUCUUCCACCGGACGGGAAGGUACAGCAUCCCGCACACAGACAGCACGGCGUCCAGCCGCCUCUACACAUGGAACCCUACUGUGAAGAACGUACCGGGUGGAGAGAUAAAGAUCCCACGAGUGCACGCGCCUGGAAAGGUGUUCCCGAAACAAGAGCGGAUAUACGCACAGACCAUCGAGAUGCGGUUCUGA